GUCUGCGGAGGAAUCCAGGGCAGAGGCACGACGUAGCCACAAAAGCCCCUUCAAGGAUCAACUGCGCUCUGAUCACGCGCUUGUGUCUGUGCCACCGCAACUGUGUGCAACCAGCCUUUGCCGGUGAUUGCCGAUGGGGUAAUCGGUGCGAGCAUGGCUUCGGUACUCGCUUCUCAACCAAGCGAAAUCAAAGGCCCGGUGCCUGCCGCCCCUCCCGCGCCCAACAUGGCGCCGCUUCGGGAGACCCCCUCUCCGGACAACCUCAAGCAGGACCCAGAGCACGAGCAGGGUCGGCCUCGCAGCGGAUCCGAUGACAAGGAUGUUGAGGGGCUUGAUCUGGACGAUGCCGACGACGGAGACGGCGGAGGCGAUGGUGCGCACUCUUCAAACUCGGAGGGCCCUGCGCGGAAGCGGAGGCGGAGCCGAAAGGGAUUGGACAAGAAGUUCGAAUGCCCCGAAAAAGGCUGCGGGAAGAGCUAUUCCAGGGCUGAGCACCUCUACCGCCACCAGCUGAACCACAACCCAAAGCAGGUCUACAAGUGCGGGAUCGGCGACUGCCAGAGAACCUUCGUCCGACUGGACCUGUGUAACCGGCACAAGGACCGCCACACGGCCAAGGGUUCGGCUCUGAACCGUAAGGAUUCGAUGAUGAGCCAGGCAUCGCCGAUAGCGGACAGCCGGCCGCCCUUUCCGCCCACUGGUUCAGCUUCUCCGGAAGUCAACCGGCCGGGGACCGCAUACAACAAGGGACGGUCGUUGUCCAUUCAUUACCAUUCUCCCAAGGAUGCUAUGGGAAGCCCAUACACGCCGAUGGCGAACACUCCGCCCGCCACUUACGCCAACGGGACGCCGAACGGAGUCGACUACACGCAUCACGAUCCCAAUUACAACCACAUGUCGCAACGGCAACCGCACCAUUCCCCUCAGGGUCCGCAGCGGCCAUCGAUCCAGACCAGCGUUGGCCCGUACGGCGUACUGUCUCCCGUCUCGACCCAGCCCGGCUACCACAGCCAACCAGCGAACACCCCUCAGUCGGCCAGCGCGAUGCCAUAUGUCCCGCCCCAAAACUUCCCACCUUUCAGCCUCCCCCCUUCAGACUUUGCCGCGUCGUCGGCCGGGACCGCAGCUCGGGAAGAGCAGCAACCAUACGCCCCCUCGACGUCCGCAGAAUACUCGGACCAGCAGCCUCAGGCGGCCGGUGAGAUGAUGCUUCUCGACCAGAUGAGCAUACAGCAGACCAUGCCCGUGUUCGGGAGUGACAACGUCCUCAACAAGUCGCCCUAUGUUGCGAUCCCCGAGGACUUCGUGGCGUAUCUGUUCAACACUCACGGCGAAGGCUCGCCCAUAACCGGGGUCCCGAUGCAGGGCUACAACUACGGGGAGUUUUCGAACCAGUACAGCAUGCCGUACUACAACGAUCCGAAUCAGCUGGGUUAUUUCCCCGCCUCGGCCGGACCACAGCAGGUCAUGUCGGUCACCAACCUCCUCGACCAGAACCUACCCGAGUCGGUCAUCUCGGAGGAGAAGAGUGCGGAGAUCUUCGAGCUCAUCAAGGAGAGGUUCCAUGAGAACGGCCAUGCCCCUGUUGAGAGGCAGCGCGAGACGAUCCUCGAGGGCGAUCGCAACGACGACAGUCACAUGCUGAGUCGCAAGAUGAUGCAGGCUUACAUUGGGUCGUACUGGCUGCACUUCAGCGACCAGGUACCGAUUCUGCACAAGCCCACCUUCUCGCCCGACAAGACGCCAAACUUGCUGCUGAUUGCCAUGAUGACCAUCGGCGCUGCUUGCUUGGACAAGGCGCACGGCCAGAAGGUCACGAAGGCGGGCGCACAGCUCUCCAACUUCCUGGCGUGGCAUCUUAGGUGGGAGAUGUUCCAGGACCCCAACUGCAGGCCGCCCGCCAAGCUGUGGGUGUUCCAGACGCUGCUACUUCUCGAGCUGUACGAGAAGAUGUAUUCAACGAGGGAGCUGCACGAGCGGGCGCACAUCCACCACGCGACAACCAUCACGCUUAUGCGUCGCGGCAGGGCACUGAUCGGCAAGUCAGCACUGGAUUCGCCGCCCAACCCCAGAACGGACGACAAGACGAACGGUUCCAGGCAGUCGUCGACGUCUGGAACGGCGCACACGCCUGAAGAAUGGUGGAACCACUGGGUCACCAACGAGGCGACGCGGAGGGCGGCGUUCGCGGCGUUCGUCAUUGACUCGAUCCACGCCACCAUGUUUGGCCACUCGACUGUGAUGGUUGCUCACGAGAUGCGCCUACCGCUGCCGUGCGACGACAAGCUGUGGAAAGCCACGAGCGGUCAGGAGGUGGCAAGGAUCGAGUCCAACCUUAUGUCGAUGGGCCAUAAGGCCAUCUCGUUCCUCGAGGGGCUCAAGCGGACGCUGAGCAACCAAGAGGUGCAGACAAACUCGUUCGGGCGCACCAUCCUCAUGGCUGGUCUUCUCAGCGUGAGCUGGCACAUGAACCAGCGAGAUCUCCAGGUCAACUCCCUGGGCGGCGGAGUCUCGCAGGCGCUCGGCGGGCGCGACAAGUGGCGGGGCACGCUGACACGGGCUUUCGACUCGUGGAAGAGCGACUUUGACAAGACGCUUCUCAGGCGGGGUGACGUCUCGGCGGACCCCUAUAACUACGACCUCACGGACCGGAACGAGGCGAACGUGGUAUUUGAGAGCCGGAUCGUGCUGCACCACCUGGCGCACAUGGCGAUGCACGUCGACAUUGUGGAUUGCCAGAUUUUUGCGCGGGCGAAGAGGUUGCUGGGCCGGGCGAUCGGGCCGCAGGAUCUCAACAGCGCGCAGCGGCGGAUGAAGGACAUCUGGGCACCCUCGGCCAAGGCACGCGACGCGACGUACUAUGCGCUGAAGUUCUUGCAGUCGGUGAUGCUCCCGGACAUGGCGGGGACGCCAGGGUCGAACGGCGGCUACGGCCGGCGCGAGGAGCUGUACUCGGCGCGCGACGAUGUGCUGCUCAACCGUCCAUGGGUCCUCUACUUUGCGGCACUGGUGGUCUGGUGUUACGGCUUCGCGCUCGAAGGUCCCAGCCCGACGGUCCCGGUGCCCACGACACAGCAGGACAAGGUGCGGAUGAUGCGCGAGUACCUGAUCAAGUACGGCAACGUGUCCUCGCCCGAGGAUCUCAAGUCGAUGAAGGGCAUCAGCCACAAUACGCCGCUGCUGAUGGUGCUGAGGGACACGUUCGGGGACUCGCGUUGGGAGCUGUUGCAUGAGGGGGCGACGCUGAUGAGCAACUGCAUCCAUCUGAAUGCGGGCCAGAACGUUCCCUAGGAGAGACGAGUUUUGUGGCAUCUCUUCGCCAGUUCGCGUGGGAGCCGACCAAGCCGAUUGGAAGGGUUGUUAUUGUUGUACAAUGGCCCAAAAGCGACCGGGGAGGUAAUUUGAUUUUUAC